AUGGGAAGCAAAGCUCUGCCAGCCCCCAUCCCACUGCACCCGUCCCUCCAACUCACCAACUACUCCUUCCUCCAGGCUGUGAACACCUUUCCUGCAGCUGUGGACCAGUUGCAAGGCCUGUAUGGACUCAGCGCAGUGCAAACUAUGCACAUGAACCACUGGACACUGGGCUACCCCAAUGUGCAUGAAAUCACCCGCUCCACCAUCACGGAGAUGGCGGCCGCCCAAGGCUUGGUGGACUCCCGCUUUCCUUUCCCUGCGCUUCCCUUCGCCACGCACCUCUUUCACCCCAAGCAAGGGGCCAUCGCCCACGUCCUCCCAGCCUUGCACAAGGACAGACCACGCUUUGACUUUGCCAACUUGGCCGUGGCCGCCACGCAGGAAGACCCCCCAAAGGUGGGGGAGCUCGCCAAGCUGAGCCCCGGACUAGCCUCUCCUCUGUCGGGCAUCAGCAAGCUGUCCCCGGACAGGAAGCCCUCCCGCGGCCGCCUACCCUCCAAGACGAAAAAGGAAUUCAUCUGCAAGUUCUGUGGAAGGCACUUCACCAAGUCCUACAACCUCCUCAUCCACGAGCGGACCCACACGGACGAGCGGCCCUACACCUGCGACAUCUGCCACAAGGCUUUCCGGAGGCAGGACCACCUGCGAGACCACCGGUACAUCCAUUCCAAAGAGAAACCCUUCAAGUGCCAGGAGUGCGGGAAGGGCUUCUGCCAGUCCAGGACCCUGGCGGUCCACAAAACCCUCCACAUGCAGGAAUCUCCACACAAAUGCCCCACAUGUGGAAGAACCUUUAAUCAAAGAAGUAAUCUGAAAACUCACCUUCUUACCCAUACAGACAUCAAGCCCUACAACUGUGAGCAGUGCGGCAAAGUGUUCAGGCGAAACUGUGAUCUACGGCGGCACAGUCUAACUCACACCCCGCGGCAGGACUUCUAG